AUGCAUUAUGCGACAUCCAGUUCUAGAAGCCCCAGCGUCGACGAAUCCACUCCAGAAUCUUGUGAUAAGCCGCCCCGUGUCAAGCCAUCAGACUUGGGGUUCCACAUUCCUGAACAUGUUCUUCCCGACAUCAUUCCUGUCCCGGACUCCCGUCUACUCUUCUCGAAUUAUCAUGCACAGCGAGAUCGUCGACUGCGCCAGCUGAUCCGCCGCUACACGAAUCAAAUCCAACAUGGUUGUAGAAAUGUCAAUUGCAAUACUUUGACUUGUUUGAGUUACAGGAAGCGGAAUGGCACUCUGCCGCUGAGGAGACAUACGGAUCUCUCUGCACGGACAUUGGCAUGUCAAUUAGUAGAAGAUUACACAAGAGCGUCAAAAGAUCCGACAGUUGGCCUGUGUCAGAAUGAGCCGGUCGUACCAUGGUAUGAGGAUCCUGCUGCCAUUGAGAAGAGGAGGAACAAUAUGGAGAAGUUGGGCCAAUCUCACCAUCAGAAUCAUCACCGACCUCAUGAGAAUGGGCAUGCUACACGCAAUUCGAGUUCCCAUCAGGGCACGAGAGAUCUUGCCCGACAUGCACCGGUGGUCGAACAGCCUGUAAGAAGAAAUAAGCAACAAGAUGCCAUCAUUGCGGCAGGCAGGCUGGUUGUCAACGAAGAUGGGGAGUCGGAAGUUACUCGGCAAACAAGUGAGCAAGUUAUUGGGAUCCUUAAUUCUGCUCUGGGUCGAGACAACCACCAUACCAAAUCAGAUCAAACAGGCUCGCCACCAGUAUUGCCCCGUGCCCAGAAGAAAGAUCCGGCUUCCUUUACGCAGACACUCUUCGACCUUCUACCACUUCGAGUCCUGAAUUGGUUCCCUGCUUCGGACAAAGCUGAUGGACAAGAGGUGCCACCAAAGAAUACAAUUGAACCAGAGGUCGAGGGGCCAUUGAAAGAUCACAGUCCUGAAGGAGGUCAUGCUUUGAAGCAUGAGCCUCCCCUGUCCUCGGAUUCAGAAGCGCAUGAUUCGCAGGAGCAGGAGAAAUCUCCACCAAGCAAAUGCCCCGAUGCUUCCAGAUUUACUCUUCGUACACUCAGCUGGGAUAGCACAGUUUGGUUGCGUGCCACUGAACGAGUUUUGCCAGUCAGAGAUGCAGAAAACUACGAGAACAACUUCGUGCCUUUCCUGAAACAGAGCUUAUAUUAUUGCAUGAGCGACCCUGAGCGAAUGGUUGCGACUGCCAGGGAUCUCCAAGGAACCUAUGGCGACCUAAGAACAAAACUGGAAGGGGCGGAUGAUGGAACACUGGAUGAGGUUGCAGCUGAGCAUCAUCAGCGAUUGGCGAGCCAUUCUACUCGAAAGGUGAAGAGAAUCCCGAGCUCGAUCCCUAAGGCAUGGCCAGCUGUUCAAACACAAACAAAGUUCGACUUGGAAGGCCUUCUGAUGUCACUUUCUUUUCUUGACAGCUUUGGGCAAAGGUCUUUGAUAUUCAACAGUAUCUUUCACGCUCUGCAGCACUCCUAUGUCUUACCUCCGUGGCUACAAAAGAGGAGCUCAGGCACGCGAAGUAGAUCUGCCAGUGGUGAUGGUGAUCUGCCUUCUCAAUCUCGUGGUAUCCACAAUCACAGCAAUCAGCAUCUUUUCUUGGAUGACAAUGAUUCAUUCACGAUGUCUACCACAAACGCUACCACAAGAGUGUACCUGAAAGACGCCCAGGCGUCUGAAGUAUGUCUGGUUGCAAUGCUUUCUUUGGCUGCAAUCAUAUUUGACGGCGGCAACCUACAAUACUGGGGUCAUGGCUUGACUUUUGCACGUUUCAGGACUCUCAGAAAUAGUGGGCUUGCUCAUUCGCACUGGCCCCCUUUCACCGACCCCCGUGAGGCCGAAGAUAAUAAGAGGGCUCUCAAAUUUGUCAGCAUCAUGAUCCAAGCUAUCGAUGUAUCUGAGGAUUGGUCUGUCAUUCGAUUGAUUAAUGGGGUCAUGGACAUCAUCAGUCAUCGCUUGGCAGUUGCUAAAUGGUCAACUACGUUAAAGACUUCAAAGACACUCAAGGAGAACAAAAAGACGAUUGUCGACCUCCUUAUCAAGCGCUUCGACCGCAACUCAAUGCAGCUACGGACUGAGGAUGAGCUCAAUCCAAGCUGGAUAGGAACAGCCGUCAUAGAACUCAUCCGAACAGUCAUGCUCAAGACCUGGGAUCGUAGUCCUGUUGUACAACGUGCUGGCCCUGUGGGAGGUGCAUUGGAACUGUUGGCUGGAAUUUACCGAGAAAGAAAGGACCUGAAUCUGGAAUCUGACCUGUUCAUGAUGCCAUUUAUCGCCGAUACGUUCGAUGAUAUCUCGAUGCCUUCUGAAUGGUUGAGCUUCCGUGCAGACAAUCGACAGAUGCAUCUAUUGUCAUUCUCUUUCCUGUUCGAAAACGCCACACUGGUGCGAUACUUCCGAGCCAUCAACAUCGAAAUCAUGCGCAAAUCCCACGAAGGCGCCGCUCUUGUGUUCAACGAUGCUCGACAUUUCACCUGGAUGCCAAUGAUUCCUAUCUAUGGUGCUAAAGAGGUCUUAGCCCGUUUACGUCCGCAUAUGGCCAAAUACUUUAUUCUCACUAUCCGCAGAGACAACCUACUGAAUGAUGCGAUCAAUCAAAUCUGGAGACGUGAACGUCAAGAGCUGAUGAGACCUCUACGUGUACGCCUCGGAAAAGAUGAAGGUGAAGACGGCCUUGAUCAUGGUGGUGUUCAACAGGAGUUUUUCCGAGUCGUUUUCGCAGAGGCGUUAAAACCAGACUAUGGUAUGUUCACUGUGGAUGGGACGACGAGAAUGACAUGGUUUCAGCCUGGUUCUUUCGAACCUCUCUACCGAUUUGAAGCCCUAGGAAUUCUAAUGUCUCUUGCUGUCUUCAAUGGCCUUACCUUACCAGUCACCUUUCCACUUGCUUUCUACAGAAAAUUGCUGGACUUGAAAGUGAAGAAACUUGAUCAUAUCGAGGAUGGCUGGCCAGACUUGGCCAAAGGUCUGGAAAAUUUACUUGAAUGGUCAGAUGGGGAUGUUGGAGAUGUGAUUGCCAGAACAUACGAGUUCAGCUACGAGCUCUGUGGUAGCGUUGUCACCAUCGACAUGGACAAAGUUGGUCGCCAUGAUCCCUGGCCGCAGACCAGACCCAAAAUCGGCAGAAAAGGAAAAGAGCGAGCAAAGUCCACUACGUUUGAGCUUCCUCUCGAUAAUGCCGAGCUUACACCACCUAUUCAGCCUUCACCAGAACUUCAACCAACCCUUACAUCCUCGAGCCUCUUUCCAGCCAUAAGUCGAACAUCCUCCAUCAGCCUCAAAGGGAUCACCACUCCGAUCAGCAUGUCAGACUCCGACAUGUUACUCGAAUCUUCCGCAAUCGAAGCCCCACUCGUCACCAAUGCCAACCGUGCUCAAUACGUCAAAGACUACGUCCUUUGGUUGACACAUAAAUCCGUCGCCGAACAGUAUGAGGCCUUCGCCCGCGGCUUCUACACUUGCCUGGAUCGCACAGCCCUCUCAAUCUUCACGCCAGAAUCUCUGAAAUACGUGAUCGAAGGACACCCGGAAAUCGACAUUGAUGAGCUCGAACGCGCCACUACCUACGACGACUACGCGCGGCAUUCACGCACAAUCGACGACUUCUGGCACGUCGUCCGCAACAUGAGUCCGGACCAGCACCGCCAACUACUUGAGUUCGUCACGGCCAGUGACCGGGUACCUGUCAAUGGCAUGAGUAGUGUUGUCUUCAUCGUGCAGAAGAACGGAGAUGACGAUUCCCGGCUACCUAGCAGCAGUACUUGCUAUGGCAGGCUGUUGUUGCCGCAGUAUUCGUCCCGUGAGGUGCUGGAGGAAAAAUUGACCAAAGCUAUUGAGAAUUGUGUGGGUUUUGGAACCCUUUGA